CAGUUGUCGCUUGGUCGACGGACGAAGCUGGUUGCCUAGGUGAUAGCGAAUCGCGAGUAACGCUCAGCACCCAAGGGCAGGCGCACUGUUCUUGGGUUUGACUCCUAGGGUGACAACCCAAGACUUGCAGAUCUGCUGAGGGUCUGGAAUACUGAGGAGGAAGACACAUUUUGCUUUAAGGGAGCGUGUGUGUGACCUUGCCCAGACGCGUCCCUGUCACGGAGAGAUGCCAAGGCGCAGAAGCCUGGUCACCUGAGGCCUCCUCCAACCCGGGUCUAGCUCCAGGGGUUCGGGUCGCCUUCGGCACCGUCCCGAAGCCGCUCGUGCAGGGUCGGAGGGUAGAGCCGCAGGACACGGCCUCACAGCGGGCGUGGCGCACGCGUACCGACGGGAUGCCGAGCCGUUAUCCCGGGGCCGCCGAGCUGCCCGCGUUGGCCAGGACGGAAGACGGCGACGGGUCAGUUGGGCGCUUUUAUCACCAGAUUUCGAAAGGCACUGGUGAGCAGCAUAAAGCAGAUAGAAUCAAAGAGGGGCACAGAGUGUACUCACACAUUGCCAAGCUGCAGGAGUUAUGGAAAACCACUCAAAUCCAAACAAUUCAUAUCCCUAAAUCAGUGACAGAUUCAUCUUUUCUAAAGCAUCCGGAACUCAGCUCAGGCCAGAAGCGCUACCUGUGCGGCAUCACUAAGAUCUGUAACUCCAGCUAUCUGAGGACCUUAAUGAAGCGGCAGUACAUGCAUAUGUUUCGUCAUGGUUCACAAAAGCCAGGCGUCCUCAUACAUCACAGGAGCCAUACCAGCUCCCGCUACUCACAGAAACAGCAUCCCCCCUGCACUCCGUGGCGACACCACCUGGAGAGAGAGGACUCUUGGAACAUUGCAGCUGCAGCACCUGAAAUGAUCAUCCAUUCCCUCUGGCGGCCACUGAGACACAAAGAAGGGGUAAAAAAAAUUGGAUAUGCAUUGAACACAAGAUGCAAGUCACUGAGGAGUUUUAGAAGACCAAGCGGACUGCUCUUGUUACCAGAUGGUUCUCAGCCAUGCACGAGUGAAGGAACAAAGGAAGAAGAUCUACUGAAUGAGUGCAUGCAGACCAUGUCUAUUCAAGAACCGGACACCCCGUCUUAGCCCACAAGUCUCCAUACCAAGGUCAGCCAUCAGCCAACAUCCAGAUGUGGACAGGGAAGAGUUGUGAGCCAUGUAUGGAUAGUGCUAGUCACCAGUAUGUCAAUUGAGUUGUUGAGAAAUUGACACAGCCUUCUUCAUCUUAUAUGCUUCUGUGUACCAAUGAUAUCUGUGUAAUGUAUGCUUGUUUCUAGCUAGGAACAAUUAAAAUUUUACUUGCCACAUACACUAAAUUUUUAAAAAUUUAUUUUAUGUACAUUGGCGUUUUGCCUGCAGGUAUGUCUGUGCAAAGGUAUUGAAACUCCUGGGAUUAUACUGGUGAGCUGCCAUGUGGGUACUAGGAAUUGAACCCAGGUCCACUGGAAGAGCACCAGCGCCUCUUUUGUUGUUGUUGUUGUUUUGUUUUUGUUUUUUGAGACAGGGUUUCUCUGUGUAGCCCUGGCUGUUCUAGAACUCAUUCUUCAGACCAGGCUGGCCUCAAACGGAGAUCCACCUGCCCUCUGCCUCCUGAGUGCUGGGAUUAAAGGUAUGUACCACUAUGCCUGGUAUGAUUUUUUUUUCCAAUUUGUUCUUUCCAAAUAUAUUAUUUGUUCUUUCAGCUCAUAAUCAGUUCCAAAAUAGUAAUAGUUGAAUAUUAUAUAAGAUUUUUCUUGAUUAAAAUAGGAAAAUAGAAAAAUAUUUACACAGAAUAGCACGUGUAGGUCGUAACUUGUAAAGCAGGUACUCAAUAUUUGCUAUUAAAUAUAAAUUAUAAACCUAUGGAUAAGACAAGUGUGUUGGCAUAUAUAUUUAAUCUUAGCACUUGAGAAGAAAGACAGGUUUCUUUGAGUUCCAAGCUAACCUGGUCUACACUUUGAAUUCCACGUAAGCCAGGGCUACAUAGUGAAAGCUCCUCAAAAAGAAAUUAUUGUUGGGGGCUGGAGAGAUGGCUCAGUGGUUAAGAGCAUUGCCUGCUCUUCCAAAGGUCCUGAGUUCGAUUCCCAGCAACCACAUGGUGGGUCACAGCCAUCUGUAAUGGGGUCUGGUGCCCUCUUCUGGCCUGCAGACAUAGACAAAGAUGGAAUAUUGUAUACAUAAUAAAUAAAUAUUUAAAAAAAAAGAAAUUAUUGUUACAAACAGAUAAAGACAUUAGCAGCAGGAGGACUUAAGAAUCACUGCUGAGGGGGCUGGAGAGAUGGCUCAGCAGUUAAGAGCACUGCCUGCUCUUCCAAAGGUCCUGAGUUCAAUUCCCAGCAACCAUACGGUGGCUCACAACCAUCUGUAAUGAGAUCUGGCGCCCUCUUCUGGCCUGUAGACAGAAUACCGAAUACCGUAUAUAUAAUAAAUAAAUCUUUAAAAAAAAAAUCACUGCUGACUUAUUGUCAGCUUGGUACAGUGUUCAUAAGCUACGAAGCAGGUCUCAUGUUUUGACACCAUCCUACCUGGUCCUCCUGAAGAGAACGACAGGCAUGUGCCACCACAUGCCUUUACUCUAACCUUUCUAAUGCUGAGACCCUUUCAUAAAGUUCCUAAUGUUGUGAUCACCCCAACCAUAACAUUAUUUUCAUUGCUACCUCAUAACUCAAAAUAGAAUUUUGCUACUGUUAUGAAUUGUAAACAUCUGUUUUCUGAUGGUCUUUCUCAGGUGACCUCUGUGAAAGUCAUUUGACUCCCAAAAGGAAAUACCUACAAGUUGAGAACUACUACUGUUAACACAUCUGUAGCUGUGCACCCCUGCACUCUUAACACAUCUGUGGCUGUGUACCCCUGCACUCUAUCACACCUGUAGCUGUGCACCCCUGCACUCUUAACACAUCUGUGGCUGUGCACCCCUGCACUCUAUCACACCUGUAGCUGUGCACCCCUGCACUCUUAACACAUCUGUGGCUGUGUACCCCUGCACUCUAUCACACCUGUAGCUAUGCACCCCUGCACUAUAACACAUCUGUAGCUGUGCACCCCUGCACUCUUAACACAUCUGUAGCUGUGCACCCCUGCACUCUUAACACAUCUGUAGCUGUGAACCCUGCAUUCUAACAAUUCUGUGGCUGUGCACCCCUGCACUCUAACACAUCUGUGGCUGUGCACCCCUGCACUCUAACACAUCUGUAGCUGUACACCCCUGCACUCUAACACAUCUGUAGCUGUGCACCCCUGCACUCUAACACACCUGCGGUUGCAUUUGAUAUAUCAUUUUUUAACAUUGUGCUUGUUUUGUUUUAGAGACAAUGUUUCCCUGUGUAGCUCUGGCUAUCCUGGAACUCACUUUAUAGACUGGGCUGGCCUUGAACUCAGAGAUCCUCCUG